AUGGACCUCGGCCGUGACCCGAGACACGAGUGUCGCGCAGUGAGUGUAGGGUGGAAGGGAGGUAUCGGGGUAUCGCGGGCCAAUCGCCGCCUCACGACCGCCAAUUUGUGUGACGCGGGGGCGGAGUCCCGCCCGCCGGGGAAUGCGAACGAGGCCGAGCCCAGUGCAGCCUCGCACAGGGAGCUGGUGCAGCGCAGCCUCGCACAGGGAUCUGGUGCAGCGCAGCCUCGCACAGGGAGCUGGUCCAGCGCAGCCUCGCACAGGGAGCUGGUGCAGCGCAGCCUCGCACAGGGAGCAGGUCCAGUGCAGCCUCACACAGGGAGCUGGUGCAGCGCAGCCUCGCACAGGGAGCUGGUGCAGCGCAGCCUCGCACAGGGAGCUGGUGCAGCGCAGCCUCGCACAGGGAGCUGGUCCAGCGCAGCCUCGCACAGGGAGCUGGUGCAGCGCAGCCUCGCACAGGGAGCUGGUGCAGCGCAGCCUCGCACAGGGAGCUGGUCCAGCGCAGCCUCGCACAGGGAGAUGGUCCAGUGCAGACUCUCACAGGGAGCUGGUGCAGCGCAGCCUCGCACAGGGAGCUGGUACAGCGCAACCUCGCACAGGGAGCUAGUGCAGCGCAGCCUCGCACAGGGAGCUGGUGCAGCGCAGCCUCGCACAGGGAGCUGGUCCAGCGCAGCCUCGCACAGGGAGCUGGUGCAGCGCAGCCUCGCACAGGGAGCUGGUGCAGCGCAGCCUCGCACAGGGAGCUGGUGCAGCGUAGCCUCGCACAGGGGGCUGGUCCAGCGCAGCCUCUCACAGGGAGCUUGUGCAGCGCAGCCUCUCACAGGGAGCUGGUGCAGCGCAGCCUCGCACUGGGAGCUGGUCCAGCGCAGCCUCGCACUGGGAGCUGGUGCAGCGCAGCUCGCACUGGGAGCUGGUGCAGCGCAGCCUCGCACAGGGGGCUGUUCCAGUGCAGCCUCUCACAGGGAGCUGGUGCAGCGCAGCCUCGCACAGGGAUCUGGUGCAGCGCAGCCUCGCACAGGGAGCUGGUGCAGCGCAGCCUCGCACAGGGAGCUGGUGCAGCGCAGCCUCGCACAGGGAGCUGGUCCAGCUCAGCCUCGCACAGGGAGCUGGUGCAGCGCAGCCUCGCACAGGGAGCUGGUCUAG